CUUACUACGGCCAACAGUCCCACACAGCGACACGCUGCUCCGUAGUCUCCCAAGCCCCUCCCUUUUCUCCUCUAUUUCUACCCUUACCAAGGCCUUCCCUGCUCAACGCUUCUGUCUACGGUGUCCCAAGUACAGUGAAGUGUCGUAGACCAGCUCCUAAGUUGUGAACCAGUACCAAUUGUAGCGUGGUGGUGUAACGCGUGGUGACAGUGGUAUUGGCGGGAAGAUUGUGCUGCCCCCGCCGCCAUAGCUCUCUCUUGCUGCUGCUGCUAUACUCAUUUGGGUUUCGUAAGCCCCGUACUGUGUAUUCAUUGUAGAGUGACUGAGUUGGCCUAGAGGCCCCGCUUGUAACAAUUGCGUAUAUUAUGAAGAGGCCCUUUACCGAUCUCCCCCGUGCCGGCCCCUCCUCCCCGACCUCUCUCCACCACGAAGACGAGGAGAUGCACCAGAUACAGCGUGGCUCUGAUGAGCUGCUGUCGCAGACAGGAGCGGUGAGCAAUGGCUCGGUCAUGAGUCCAGCUCCCAACCACGCGGACAACAACAAUGACGCCAAAAAGGUGAAGCUGGACACCAAGAACCCUGGGGCACCGUCCCGCGUGAUCCACAUCCGCAACAUCCCAAAUGAGGUGACCGAGGCGGAGAUCGUCCACCUUGGAAUUCCCUUCGGAAAAGUUACCAAUGUGCUCGUCCUCAAGGGUAAAAACCAGGCUUUCCUGGAGAUGUCCGAUGAAGUGUCCGCCACCACAAUGGUCAACUACUUCACCAACUGUACCGCCCAGCUGCGGGGUCGGGCCGUUUACGUCCAGUUCUCCAACCAUAAGGAGCUCAAGACCGACCAAACCCACUCCAACGCGGGUGAAACCCUAGUGCAACAGGCAGCGCUGCAGGCAGCCCAAGCCCUGUCAAACCAGUCGGAUACCCAGGGCGGCCCCAACACCGUGCUCCGCGUUAUUGUUGAGCACAUGAUCUACCCGGUCACCCUUGACGUCCUGUAUCAGAUUUUCUCACGUGUUGGGAAAGUGCUGAAGAUUGUGACCUUCACAAAGAACAAUACAUUCCAGGCUUUGAUUCAGUACCCAGAUGUGGUUACUGCUCAGGCUGCCAAAAUGACUUUGGAUGGGCAGAACAUCUAUAAUGCAUGCUGCACACUGCGCAUUGAGUACAGCAAGCUGAGCAACCUUAAUGUGAAGUACAACAAUGAUAAGUCCCGGGACUACACCAACCCCAGCCUUCCAACUGGUGACCCAGCCUUGGAUUCUGCCUUGGCCAUUGGUGGUCCCCCUGGUGUGCUAGCCUCCCCGUUUGCUGCAAUGCAUGGACUCUCGUCGCCGCUAACCGCUGCCUAUGGGGCCUCACCUGCGGGAGGCAUGCCCUUCACAGGUAUGCCCUUGGCAGGAGUCACCCCCACAGCCGCUGCCCUUGGUGCUGCAGGGAUCCGUCUGCCCGGCCAGCCCUCCCCCAACUGUGUCCUGCUGGUGUCCAACCUGAAUGAGGAGAUGGUCACGCCUGACGCUCUCUUUACCCUCUUCGGGGUGUAUGGAGAUGUUCAGAGGGUCAAGAUUCUCUUCAACAAGAAGGAUAAUGCCCUGGUGCAGAUGUCUGAGCCCCAUCAGACACAGCUGGCAAUCUCUCAUCUGGACAAGAUGAAGACAUGGGGUAAGCAGAUCCGUGUGACACUGAGCAAGCACCAGACAGUGCAGCUUCCUAAGGAAGGUCAGCCUGAUGCAGGCCUCACAAAGGAUUACAGCAAUUCUCCUCUGCACCGCUUCAAAAAGCCAGGCUCCAAGAACUACCAGAACAUUUACCCCCCAAGUGCUACUCUUCAUCUGUCCAACAUCCCGCCCACUGUUGAUGAAGAACAGAUCAAGGAAGCCUUCACUCAGGCUGGUGCUGUUGUCAAGGCAUUCAAGUUCUUCCCUAAGGACAGGAAGAUGGCCUUGAUUCAGCUUGGUUCAGUUGAGGAAGCCAUUGGUGCACUCAUUAAAAUGCACAACUUCCAACUGAGCGACUCUUCUCACCUGCGUGUGAGCUUCAGCAAGAGUACCAUUUAGACAAGCCAACCAUGGAAGGCAGGUUGAGGGAUACCGUACCUAGGGAUCAAACUCCUGCGGGAUACCAAGUACCUCAGGGCCAUCUGAGACACAGGUCUGAGAAGAGAAGAAAGAUCCCAGGACAGCAUCCCACUUGUCGGCCACCUCAGUGGUAUCGACUUUUUUUACCUUAGGGCAUGGCAUUUUUAUUAAUAUAAUUAUACCUAGCUUAACCAAAUGUGUUACACUAUAAGGAGGCAGGACCUAGAAAUAUUUACGUACAAGUGAGAGAGAUGAUAAAUGAGCUGAAUUCAGGACGAUACACUUUUGACAAUGGAACUCAAUUUGGAGUUUGGUUUAUUUUGUAUACCCACAAAUGUUUGGGUAAUUGGGUGACCAAUACCUAUGUACAUUCUGCUAGAAGUAAAUUCUGCCAGACAGCCUGAAUGUCUUUUUGUAUGUAAGGUGAAGGUUUACACAGUAUUAGGGGUAGUCUUGCCCCUCUAGUGGGUGAGUAGACCUCUGGUACUAGUAUUAUCACAGUGGAUCCUCGUGCUCUCUGAGAUUGCCAAGGAAUUAGUGUUAAAACCUCAGCUAGCAUGAGCCAGAAUUGAUUCUUUUAAAAAGGUAGCUCUUUUUAUUUUAAGUGUUUUGCAAGUGAUGCAUGUUAGAGCUAGAUUGUGUAAGAUAAAUUGAAAUUAGGGGAGAAGAGAUGAGGCAAAAUUAUUAUUAUUUAUGAAAAGUAGCCAUUCAAAUUCUUACUAUCCAUAUUUUCAGACAAAAUGGAGGAUUUAUUAUAGAAAUGUUAAUAUGGUAACUUAUCUUACAGUAUCAGUGUUAUGAAAGCAUAUAUUUUUGCAUUUUUGACGUCUCCAAAGUGUAAACUGAUACCAAUACUUUUCUUAAUCACCUUCCGUCUGGGAUUUUUUCUCUUGAUCAUUCCAACUUUGAAAAGUCUUCUUUACAUUUGCUCGAUGAUUCCAGUGUUUGUAGGGUAGGCAGACAGGGGCUGUGGUUGUUGUGCCCAGUUUUAAUGAAAGCAGUGACUGGAACAGCUGUUACCAAUCAUUAUUGUCCUCCUGUACCUUGAGCAGCUUGUGGGAUUGAUUGAGAGUGUGCUUGUAACAAGCAAAUAUGGGUCUAUGGAUCCUUGAUGAGAGGGCAAACAGAGGAGACUGCAGCUGUAGCCAUGAGUAUAGGUGGCUUGGUGUAGGUUUCCUGUAAGGUAGCCUAUGGAGUUGAACGUCUGUCCAUAGGUAAUAAAGGUAUGUGAAGUUUGAAGUUGGUUUACCUUGUGCUAACUUGUUGACAACACUGGUUGACUCUGGGUUUGCCAAGGGUAUCACAGCAGCUCGGGUCAGUGAGCGGACUGUACCUGAGCGGGCUUCUCCCCCACCCCUCUCUGCCACCUGGCCAGCCUGUGGGUGGGCUCUUCCCCCCCAAAGUCAUGGCAUUCAUUAAUUGUUGUUCAGUGUAUGUAGCCAAUAGGAAAUUUGAUUAGCUUUUAUUAUAAUGAUGAUAUACAAAGUAUUAUUUGUUAUUUAUCCAAAAAUUACCUAAAAAAAUGCAAGAAGCACAAAGGUUGAGCCAUGCACCCAGGAAGUUGGCAGUAUCUCAUAGCUGGUUGCUGGAGGGCAAGGCAGUACACUUUAGCAUUCGUAAUAACAACAGUUUGCAUCUUACAGUCUGCUGCUUGUCAUCUAAAAGCCUUUAGGCUAAGACCCUCGUACACAGUAGAAUGUUGAGGUUUCUGUCCUUACGCUUUACCCUAAAAUCAUGUUGCAGUAUUUCUACAGGCUUUUAAGUAAACUGAAACAAGUGUCCCUGCCCCCCCUGACAACCAAACACUAGUGUCCCAUCUGUCUGAAACUUGCGGCGAGACAAUCCCAGAAAACUUCUUAGGCAUCUAGUGUGGUACAGAAGGUCUACACAGUAUUCAAGAAGACCUUUAUGCGAGUGGGCUACUCGUAUCUCUGGGCACAUGUUUGCCAAGUAGAGUAGUUGAAAUAUAUUUUGUAAAGCUGAUUAGGAGCUUGGGUGAGGUUGUGCUCUCUUCAAGACCAUUGAGUAGCACUUGAUCAUCUGCUAAAUUGGACCACACUGGGAAGGCUAGUAAACACUAAUUUGCACAUAUCAGUUUCAGAGACUAUUUUUGUACAACUGUGGUGCCUUUCUAUGUGAUAUUCACAGUGUGGCACACGUCGGUCAUUGGUCAGCUCGGACAUACUUCACUGAUGCGAUAUAGUGAGGAGAAUGUUGUACCCUGUACUUUCUGCCUAAACCUGCUGCGUCCUUGUAUUCACCAAUUCGACCUACUCCAACUUCCUUGGGUGCAGUCAAGCAACUAUUUUUACAUCUACAUGUGUAGAACUUGUAUUUCCUGUUUAAAUCAAGUGUAUGUCAUGAUGAUGAAAGUAAAAGAACGUCAUCCUCUUUCUCCAUUUUAGAAGAUUCAAUCUAGCUGAUGGUCUCUUUCUCAAGUUAAUCUUAAGGGUCUCACUAGUUCAUACUAAUUCAAUUUUCCUGUGGCAAUAUCUUGCCCUACCACAACCCUCUUCCAGAGACCAUUUUAAAGGCCACAGCCCAGUUGAUCCAUUUGACUUACGGGGGUUAUCUUGCCUGCACGCACUUCCCAAAAUGACCACUGAUAACAUCUGAGCUGUUUCAUGUAUUUACUGAAACACUUGAGAAAAAGGCCUAGAAGUUUUGUGCCUCAUACUUGUAUUUGGAGGGAACAAAGUACCUUUACAUUUACUCUUCUAAUAUUGUAAUAUUUCUUAGAAGUGUGUAAUUUUCUCUUUUCCCACUGCUUUGAUGUAACCAACUUGUAUACUUAACUACUCUUGCAAUUGUACCUAUAAAUAUCAUUCAGAUGUGCUCCCCAGGUUUUGCCCACCUACUGAAUGCAUACUUGAUUUGUUUUAAUUUGCACAAAACUCGUAAAUUUUAUAAAUUUGAAUUUCAAGAAAUUUCAAUUUGGCUAUAAAUGUAUUUAGAACAGUAGGGCUUGAACCUGGUGCCACUCCCGCAUUACAUCUACUGAAACAACAGAUGCAGUCCCAUGCUUGGGAAACGGAUCAUAAACUCUGGAGGGAUCACCAUCGCCAGAAAGACAGCUGAGUUGUGCCUUGACCAGCUUUGCAUCUUUUUACCUGUCAGUGCUCGCUCACUCACCAGACCCACCUCUCCUUCAUCUCCUGGCUGUUAGGGCUCUUAUCUGAUAGAAAAUAAUCAACCCCCCAGAGAAAAUUCACAGGAGGCUACUUUGUAAAUGACUAAUGAGAAAAGAAUGAAAUGUGUCCCCGCACAGCUCAGGCACAACAACGGGGGAGGGGUAGGCACAGCUAUGGGUAGGGUGCUAGACCAACUCUCCUUUUGCACCUUCUUUGGUAAGGCCCACAAUAACUUCAUGUAUUAAUCUGUAUUCUUGAAAUCCAAACGGUUUUACAUUAAUUGUUUUUAUUGUGAAUGUGGAAAUGAUGAGUGUUCAUGCAUAAUUCUGCAUCUUAUUCCAGGAUGAUAUGAAUCUGUAUUUUGUGUUGACAAUGCUAGCUCCUUUAUGGACUGUCAUGGUAUUAGGCCAACAGACACCAUAUUUGUCUAUGUGGAUGGAUCUGAACAACAUGAGCCAGGUACUGUGUUUAAGCAUUAUCAUUUUGUAAUAAAUAUGUAUUUCGAUAGAAGUGUAUAUCACUUAAGACCUAGUAGGGAGGGCAAAUAGCAAACCACUGCGAAAGAAUCUCCCUCCAAGUGAGGCCGAGGUCAGUGCGAUGGUGUUCUUUAGGAGUCGCAGGCAAGCUCUUUGGUGGCUGCACCUCCAGAAGUGUGCAUCAGAUUAUGGUUGCCCCAUUGUGUCUAGGCUAGAGGCUAUUUUGUAAGGUCAGGAUAAUGAACACUAAUGCCUACUACUCUGCUGCUACUGCUGCUGUUUUCUCUCUUCUCUUGCCCUCGCGUUGCUUUUGAAAACGUAUCUCUCUCUAUCCACACAUUCAACACUUGGCUGUUGAUUUAUUUGGAAAAGGUCUUAAAAUAUUUCAGAAAAUAACUUCUCUACUCUACUGCUCUGUUAAUGAUGUGUUUAGAGCUAAUGGUACCUCAUCUUUUCAGCCCCUGUAUAUCCUGCUCUGUCUCCUCUCUCUCUCUUCUCUCAACAUUAAUGCUAGGUCGGUUUGGGUCAUGCUAGGCCACUAACCUUGUUCUGUAUUCACUUUAUUAUUUGUGUGAGCCUUAUUUUUUCAUAGUUCUCAAGCUGUCAUGAUAAACUGUACUGGAAUUGUUCCUUGGUUUAAGAAUGAGUUUUAUUUUGUCUUGAUUGACCAUGACACCUUGAGAGAAAAUUUUUUUGAGGCUAAGAUUGACCAUUUUGCCUUUUGAGUUUUCUCGUGGACCAUUUUUUUUCCUCUUGGUUUUUCAAGUUUAUUUUGUAUGUAUAUACAUUUUUGUUGGUAACUCCUGUGGCCUGAUAUUGACUAAGCUUUUGUCAAAUUGCCAAGGGUUACCAAGUUAGUUCCCUAGUGUCACCUGGCCAUGUCUCUAGAACACUAGCCACUAUUCCUGCCUCCUAUACCAGCUGUAUCUUACUAUCACUUGAUCCUGCAUACAUUUCUCUUAUAUGUGUUUGUAAAUGUACCACUCUCAUGUACUACUACUUGGUGUGUUAGUCAUAUCACUGUUCCAUUCUAUUACUACUACUACUACUACUACUCAGCUGUAUUUGUAUUUCAUUGUAGAGGUGCUUGGUUGACAACAUAAAGCCUACAUAUCUACUCUAA